AUGCGCUUCGUCCUCCUGCCAACGGUCCUGGCAGCCCUGCCCCUGGCGGCAGCCUGGACGGCGCCGACGUAUGGCGGCUUCGAGCAGCUCUGGUCAGAAGAGUUCACAGGCGCGGCCGGCGACCGCGUCGACGGCAAGACGUGGAACUACAUGACGGACAUCCACGUCAACAACGAGCUGCAAAAGUACACCGAAGACUCACGCAACGUGCAAAUCUCAGGCGGCGGCACCGUACAGCUCGUGCCGUGGCGCGACGCGCGCGGGCAGUGGACGAGCGGGCGCAUCGAGAGCAAGUACGUCUUCACGCCGCAGGCGGGGCGCGUGACGUUCGCCGAGGCGACGCUGCGGUUCGGGGCCAACGACGUGGCGACGCGGCCAGGGGCUGUGGCCGGCUUUCUGGAUGCUGGGGAACGCAAUGCGGCAGGGCGUCGAUUGUUUUUUUUUUUUUCAAAUUAG